AUGAGGGACCGUCUGGCGGAGCUGCGGCAGCGCGUGGCGGCCGAGGGGGACCCGCACGAGGACACCAUGGGCUUCGACAACCCGGCACUGGCCGGGGAUGACGCCAGCCCCGUGGGGCGGGUGCUGCAGGAGGCAGCCGAGCUGUGGCGGGCGCUGGACCAGCUGGAGCAGCUCUCGGAGACCAUCGACAGGACGCAGCAGACGGUGCUGUGCUGCACCUCGGAGCAGAGCAUGGCCCGGGAGAACGGGCCUGGGCGACGCCCGAGCCGCCUUCGCCCGCCAGGCCGCGCCCUGCAGCCCCGGCUGGCGCUCUGCCCACGGGCCCGGCGGCGGCUCGGGGCGAGCGGCCCCGCGUGCGCCAGACGCAGCUCUGGCCUGCUCGUGAGGAGGUUCGGCGCCGUCCUCGCCCGCCACUACGCCCGGGAGAGCCGCUACGCCAGCCUCAAGGAGCAGAUCCAGAGGCAGGCGGAGCUGGCGGGCAUCGCCCUGGGCGCUCAGGACGUGGAGCAGCUGGCCGAGAGCCCUGGGGGGCCGCGCAUCGUCGGCCAGGACCUGGAGGAGCUCAAGGCCAAGCACCACCUCAGCGUGGCCCAGGCGCGCCAGCGGCAGCUCCUGGAGCUGGAGGCGCAGAUGGCGGAGCUGCGGGGGCUGUUCCUGCAGCUGGAGGGGCUGCUGGCCCAGCAGCACGGGGCGGCCGACAGCGUGGAGCAGCACGUGCUGCGCUCCCUCGACUGCGCCGCACAGGCCGAGGUGAAGAGGGCCCGACGGUACCAGCGCCCAUCCAGGCUCUCGGCCCUGCUCAGCGCGGCCCUCGGGCUCUGCAGCUGCUGCCCCUGCCUGCCUGGCCCUCGGGGCCUCCGCUGA